AUACAUCGCCUGGCUAGAUCGUGCUUUCAAAACCGCACUUCCAAGACUCGGCCGUCAUGGCGCAUAGCAAACGCAACACAUCCCUUGCCUUCUUUACCGCGCACGAGCGCUCCCAAUUGACCUCGUCAUGGGGCUCACAAUCCCAACACCUCUCCUCGACCUCCUUUCUCCCCUUUGGCAGCUGCCAUCUCUGCCUUCUACCGGCGGUCGACCCGGUAGCAUGUGCCUCACGCGGCGAUCUCUUCUGCCGCGAAUGCGCGAUAAGUAAUCUGCUCGCGCAGCGAAAGGAGAUCAAGAGAGUAGAGAGAGCAGGCGAAGAGAGGCGCGCCCUAGAGGAGGAGCUCGAGAAGGAGGACGAUGAAGCAGCACGGCUGGAAAGCGUGAGGCGGUUCGAGGACGUACAGAGGGGAUUGGAACAGAAAGGCGACAGAUCUACAGUCGAGCGGCAGCACGAGAGGAGAGCUGAUGUCGCGCGUGACAAUAAGAACGCGCCCUCGUCCACAAGCACAAAGCGCAAAUUCGAAAUCGACGAGGCCGAACUCCUCCGCGUCGCCGCUGACGACCGCAAGGCGGCGCGCCUGGCCCUUGACGACCGCGCCCGCAGCUCUACGAAACACAUGCCGAGCUUCUGGCUCCCCUCACAGCUCCCCAAAGCACACGCCUCCGCGCAAGCCGCGGUCAAGCGUGCCCCGAUAUGUCCCAGUUCGCCCGCAGAUGCGCCGCACGUACUCUCCCUCAAAACACUCGUGACGGUCAGCUUCCACACACAAGAAAAGGAAGGCGCGAAGGGAGCAGAGCGGUCUUGUCCCGCAUGUAUGCGGACGCUGAGCAAUGCGAGCAAGGCAGUGCUUGCGGUACCGUGUGGACAUGUGGUAUGUAAGCCAUGUGCGGGGAAAUUCAUGAAUAAAGAGAAAAAGAUUGAUGUGCAUGAUAUCGAAGCAAAGGUUGGAGAAGUAAGAUGUUAUACGUGUGAGGCGGAUUUAAGUGGACGGAAGGAGAAGAAGAGCAAAGAGGGGAGAGAAGAGGGGAAAAAGAAUAAGGAGAAGAUAAGGCCUGGCUUGGUGGAGAUGAACACUGAGGGCACGGGUUUUGCGGGGGGUGGGAAGAAUGUAGUCAAGAAGGAGGGGGUUGUGUUUCAGUGUUAGAAUCUGUUGGGUGAUGUGGUGCUUGUAAGUUAUUAUGAUUACAGCGACGCGUUGGGCGCUAUCUGGGCAUGCGAAGUGGCUGGUA